CCUCCAUCUCUAGGGUUUGGGAUUUUAGCCGCCGCCGCCGGUCCUCACCCCCCCUCGAGAAGUCGCAGCCGACGUAGUCCUCGCCGGAUCCGAUGGCCGCGACUUUCUCCGACCUUCACACCGCCGACGGCCUCAAGGCCCUCGAGGCGCACCUCGCCGGCAAGGCAUACGUCUCCGGAGAUGCGAUCAGCAAGGACGACGUUAAGGUGUUCGCGGCGGUGCCGUCGAAGCCUGGUGCUGAGUUCCCCAAUGCUGCGCGCUGGUACGAGACCGUUUCCACGGCACUCGCCUCAAGAUUCCCUGGCAAGGCUGUUGGUGUGAAUCUGCCUGGAGCGGGAUUGGCUUCUGCAGCAGCUGCUCCUGCGGCUGAGGCUGCCAAGGAGGAGGAUGAUGAUGACUUGGAUCUUUUCGGUGAUGAAACCGAGGAGGACAAGAAGGCUGCAGAUGAGCGUGCGGCUGCCAAGGCCUCCACCAAGAAGAAAGAAAGUGGCAAGUCCUCUGUCCUUAUGGACGUGAAGCCGUGGGAUGAUGAAACUGACAUGAAGAAGCUUGAGGAGGCUGUUCGCAGUGUCCAGAUGGAGGGUCUCACCUGGGGAGCAUCCAAGCUUGUGCCCGUUGGUUAUGGCAUCAAGAAGAUGACCGUCAUGUUGACCAUCGUGGACGAUCUCGUGUCUGUUGACAGUCUUAUUGAGGACCAUCUUACGGUGGAGCCCAUCAACGAGUAUGUCCAGAGUUGCGACAUUGUUGCCUUCAACAAGAUCUAGAAUCCCAGUUACUGUGCACCAAAUUUGCUGCUGGGGUCUUGGACCUGGGAUUGGUUGCGACGACAAGCGCUCAAGUUUCUCGUGGGAUGCGAGCUCUUAUCCCUUUUAGUUACUCUGCUAUAGAAAUGUCAGUCUUGAGUCUAUUGUUGAGUGCUGCCAGGUUUUUGAAUAUCCGUUUGUCUUAAGAAUAGUCGAACUGCUGGGCGGUGAAACAUCUGCUGUGUCUAAAGUACAACAGUUUUCUUUGCAAUGCUAGUUUUGAAUGAGGAUGAGAAACGUGCUUACGGUUACUGCUUUCUGUCUACAAUAUCAUAGUUGUGGGAAUGAUGA